UUGCCUCUGUAGCUAUACAAUCUUAUGUUGUUUGAUGGCGCAUGCUAUUUCACUUGCACAUCUAUAGAUAACCGUUCGCGUUGACAUUUCAAUGAAAAUUCAGCAACUCAAACGACUUUUGAAUAGAAUAAGUAGUGUGAUAAAGUGGUGUAGCGUUUUCACGGAGAUAUUUUGUAAGAAAAGCGAGUGUGGAAACGAUUUUCUGUUAUUUUUUGGGUUUUAUAAAAAUUAAUAUGAAAAUUGUUGCGUGCAAGCGAAUUAUCAAACAAGCGAAGAAUGUGGUAAAAUAGGCUUACUACUGGAGUUCACCAGCAACCAAAAACGCUGCGUACGUGUCGGAACAGCUGGUUCUUAAACUAUAAUGCAGACGUUUUCAUCGUUUUCCUCCAUAGUUAACGCAAACGUAAUUCUAAUUAGCCGAAAAUCUAUUGGAUAUUAUUCUACAGUUCGUGCGCUCAAUAUGGUUGAUUUGUAGGCGUAUAACUUUAUUUGUGUGCUGCUAUUUACUGCAAAAUAUAUAUAUAUUGCUGCGUUAAUAUCACUAAACUUUGUCGUAUAUGCACUGAGUGCGCUCACCAUUCACUUUUUAUUGACACUCUGCUCCGCUUGCAGUUACUAGCUACAGGCACAGCUCACAGUGUGUUAACAUAAACGCAUCUGCCUCAACAUGGCUACGGGUGAAGUAGCUGACUCCAUAGAGCUGGAAGCGGUUAAUCGGCAAUCAUCUUCGUCCACAUCGGCGCCUGCAACAGGUGAUCUGACUAAAGUUACUACGCCAACGACUUCGAAGCCAAUAACACCACCGUCGCCGCCGCCGCCGCAGACGCUCGUCAAUACCGUUACCAUAGCGCCACUUAUCACUACCGACAAAAAUUUGUACGCUGACGAAACUUUGACACAAUUAAAAGAUGUCCACGCGAGCACAAAUGCUGUGAAUAGUAUUUUAACGGCUAUGCCUUCGACAUCACGCAGCAUUUACAGCGAAGCAGCAGCGGCGCAUGGCGGUAGUGAGUCGGCGCGCCUGAUGCAGGCUGAAAUGGCAGUGAAUGCAGCACAGCAGCAGCAGCAGCGUCUGCGCAGCGCCAGUUCGACGUUGGAUGCCAGUGUUUCGCGUACGGCGUCUUCGGUGGGCAAGCAUGAGAAGAAAAUUGGCCAUCGGCGCGUUGACGAAGGUGGCGAAGUGACAUACAAACGUAUUCAAUCGAAACAAAUAAUGGGCUCUAUACAGCUCGGCAUUCAGCAUACGGUGGGCAGUUUGGCUAGCAAACCUAAGCGCGAUUUGCUCAUGAAAGAUUUCUGGGAAAUGGAAACGAUUGCAUUUCCACCGGAUGGCUCAUCGAUUACGCCGGCGCAUCAUUAUAGUGAAUUUCGUUUCAAAGUUUACGCUCCAAUUGCAUUUCGUUAUUUUCGCGAUUUGUUUGGCAUUGCGCCCGAUGAUUUCCUCAUGUCGAUGUGUGCAUCACCAUUGCGCCAACUCUCCAAUCCCGGUGCAUCUGGCUCGAUUUUCUACUUGACCGACGAUGAUGAGUUCAUAAUAAAGACGGUGCAAAAGAAAGAAUGCGAGUUCUUGCAGAAACUGUUGCCGGGCUACUAUAUGAAUUUAUCCCAAAAUCCUCGCACUUUACUGCCAAAAUUCUUCGGACUGUAUUGUUUUCAUUACAAUGCAAAAAACGUGCGUCUGGUGGCGAUGAACAAUCUGUUGCCAUCCGAUAUUAAGAUGCACGCCAAGUACGAUCUGAAAGGCUCCACCUUUCGCCGGAAAGCGUCCAAAGCUGAACGCCAAAAAGCCAGCCCCACCUACAAGGAUUUAGACUUCAUGGAUCACCAUCCGAAUGGUAUAUUUCUUGAAACGGACAAAUAUAAUGCGCUUAUCAAGACAAUCCAACGAGACUGCAUGGUGUUGGAAAGUUUUCAAAUAAUGGACUACUCUCUGCUAGUAGGCAUACACAAUCUGGACUUGGCGCAGAAGGAGAAACGUGAGGAACGUAUACGGAAUGCGCGCGCAAAGUUGCAACGUUCCGAAGAAGUACGCGAGUCUCAGGAACCACCCGAAUUCGAGCAGUCGAUGAAUGCUGGCUCAACCACAGCACUGCAAUCAGCAGGCGCCGCACUGAAUCGCUCGCGCAGCAUGAAUCGUCAGCGACUGGUGGCGCAUUCGACCGCACUGGAAUCGAUUACCGCCGACAUGGAUAUACCCAUGGAAGAGGACGAAGAUGUGCCGGCCGGUGGCAUACCAGCGCGUUCCGAGAACGAUGAACGUCUAAUAUUGUACAUUGGCAUAAUCGACAUAUUGCAAUCGUAUCGCUUGGAGAAGAAGCUCGAACACACAUUCAAGAGCAUCAUCUACAAUGGUGACACUGUAUCGGUGUGUCGGCCAUCUUUCUAUGCGCAGCGCUUCCAAAAUUUCAUGGGUAAAACUGUGUUCAAAAAGACGCCGACCUUUCCGCUGAAACAUUCCCCGUCGAAGCGCAAGAGCUCGACAACGUUGCGCACACCACAGCGCACGCCAUCACAGAAUUUAGCCUCGCACACACGUCCGCCUCUGUUGUCUGGCUACUCGACGCCACCACCUGCCUUCGAUGACAUCUCCGAAGAGGACAUUACCGCCACACCAUCCACCACGAGCGCCAUGUAUCGCAGCUCGGCCUUGAGUGCGAGCGAACGACCACAUUUAGCGCCACAACGCUCCUAUCUGAGUUCGAAUCGCAGCGCUAUUAGUAGCGCCACCGAUGACUACAGCGACGAUGAUGAGAUAGCGUCCAGUAGUGGUGGUGCACGCUCGCCAAUGCGUCGAGCACGCUCGCCACGACUCUCCAAGAGCGAUGUGCAGUUGACAACCAUCGGCGGUGUGGCAGAUGCGCCACCCGCGAACGUAUACGACGAUGGCGACAAAAGUGGCAGCUUGGUCAAUAGUAAGAUGGGCGUAUUGGUGAGUAGCAGCGAGGAGAUCAAUGCAAAUGGCACGCGAAAAACGACUGUCGUCAAGGCGGUGCAAUCACAAACCUACACAACCACAUUGGUGCUUAACGAUGUGAGAUGAAGUGGACGCACCCGGCCGAGCUCUCUAGGCAGGCGACGGAAGUGUGAAAAGCUGGCGCGAGGGAUGUGGCUAUAAAAAUACGCAUAAGUAUGUGAAAAGUUGAACGAACAGGCAGUUAGUUGGCACAAUUAGUUGUAUGCGUAUUAACAAAAAAGUCGACAACGUAUUAAAAGCAAAAGGGAAAGCCUAUGCCAUUUGUAUACAAAGUGCGCUUAUUACUACUUUAUAUAUUCGCUUAUUUAUUAGAAUUAAUGAUAGCUAAUAAACGAAACGCGCUCACUAAGGAGUAGCUGCUUAACAGCUCGGUGAAGGUCAACACAUUGGGCCACGCUCACUUUUUUUUUGUUUUUUUUCCAAUUCAUGUAAAGCGUGCGGCUUUUGUUGGGGGAAAAAAUGAUAUGCCGGUUACCCAAAAGGGAUUGGUUGGUGUGAUGUAACGAAAGUAUUGCUGUGGCUUGGCCACUGCUUUAAAAAUAAAUAAUUUUAAUUUAAGGGUUACAUAGGUUUUGUGGCUUUAAAAAAUCGAAUUUUAUUUUUGGCUUAUUAAUUUCUACAACAUCUCAAGAAUAUUAUCCUAAAUUUUCAAGUCGAUCUGAAUAAUAGUUUCGGAGAUAUGGAGGGUGUGCGCUCCAAGCCACUUUUAUUGUUACUCAAAACUUUAAACGCGUGUUUCUCGGAACUGUGGAUUCAAAGUCGGUUGUCAAAUUUUCUCGAAAACUACUCAACUGAUCCUGAUGAAAUUUUACACAGGUGUUCGAGAUACAAUUUACUCGUGCUUGAACGAAGGAUUUUUUUUUCAAUAACAACUAUUUAAAAAAAAAAUGUCAAGCAAAUUUUACCGAAAUUUUCAUGUUUUUGAAAAAAUGUCUGCCAAAAUUCCAAUUUUUACUUUUAUUUUCUUUCCUUCGAUCAAACACGAGUUUAUGGUCUUAACUAAAUCACUUAUUUUUGUUUUUUCAUUUUUGAUGAGCCUGUCAGGAGUUAUGCUGACAACGCGGACGCAACUUUUUUCGGGAGGUCACCGGAAAUGACGUCAAAAUGGAGGAGUUAAAAUUUUUUUUUUUUUUUUAAUUUAGGAGUUUUUCUUGAAAUAUGUAUGUAUCUAUAAGACAGAAGAAAGUUUGAAUUAAAUAAAUAAUUUUUUAUACAGAAAAAAAAAUAUUGAAAAUAGGCCUUUUUUUACCCAACGAAACCCAUGUAACCCCUUAACACUGUAAACUUUUUGUUUGCUUGAGUAUUAAUUUGCAAUUCUGCUUUAUUUAGUUUAUAAUUUUACUUGAAGCUAUCAUUUAUAAUUAAUUAUUUAAAAGUUCCCUUUUUGUAGAACCUCUUUAUUUAAUUGACCGAACCGAUUGUGCGAACCGACUCUAUUAAUUAUUGUUCUAUUUUUGGGAGAAAGUUGAAAAUUGCCGAAAAGUGCAGUUAAACUGUGAGUAAAAAAACUGUGCAAAGUUUGCAGUGAUAUACAAAAAUAAAAAAAAUAAACAAAAAAAAA